AUGGCUCAGAUAUCGUGGUUAUCGAAUUAUUUAAAUAACAGUAGACUAUCAAACUGGAGUUCUGUAAAGGACCAGAAUCCGCCAACGAUUUAUCAAGUUGUCAUUUUAAUAACUUUAGAGAUUGCUGGCAUAGCAGGAAAUACAUUGGCUAUCGUUAUGACUGUCAAAAUGUUAAGAUAUAAAGGGAAUUUACCACAAGUUCUUAUUUUAUACUUAAGCCUUGCCGAUUUAUUGACGGUUUUAUGCAGCUAUACACCGUCAAUUAUUGCUCAAUUCAUUCUAAUACCUCACUCAUUCUUUUAUCCAAGCCAUUGGCUAUGCCAAUUUCAAGCAUUUACAAUGAUGACGUUGCUGUACUAUUCUAGCGGAAUGAUCGUCAUUAUGAGCAUAGAGCGUCUAUUAGCUAUCAAAAUGCCAGUAUGGUAUAAAGUCAAUUUCAAGCGUAAGACUGUCUACAUAUUCAUGGCGAUUACAUUGAUUUGUUGUGUGAUGUUUAACCUUUUACCUUUAUUUGGUGUAUGCCAGUUAUCGAUUCAUUUCAAUUCCACUUGCUUUUGGGACUGGGAUUUAACGAACCCUGGAACAAAGCUUUACUCUUAUACCGUAGUAUUUCUGUCCAUAAUUUUAGUAGUUGCAAUAUUUAUUAUCAAUAUUAUAACAAUUACAAUUGUUAAACGUAAGAACAAGAUAGCAGAUAGUCAAGGGAGGCGGCCAAUUACGGAAAGCCGAGCCACUGGGGUUCUAGUUAGCACUGGUUUUCUUUUUAUAAUUUCUUGGCUGCCAUUCUCGAAACUGUGGUCUAUCAACAUGCUAAUGACUAAAAAUUAA